AUGGUUAAUGAUAUUCAGAAUAGAAUAAAUCCAACUGUGAUUUAGAAAGAAAGAUAAGUAGAUUCACCUGAAAAGUUUGUAAUGAAUCCCAAAACAUUACCUCUUGCUUUCGGAAUGUAGGAUGGAGUUACAUACAAUCAUUAUAUUGACCCAACAAUAUAUACUAUAGUUGCUUAUUAGCUUACGAAGGUUACUACAUACGAUGAUUAAGGCUAGCCUUAAUACUAUUUUUAGUAAACAAAUGUUACUGUAUAAAGAUGCACUGAAGAUCACUUUCAAAAUAUGAAGACUAAAGAAGGAUUUUUAAGUUUACCUUAUGAAAACUUAUACUGUAUAGAUCCUAAAUUUGAAGAAAUUAUUGAAGGCGAUUAUUCAUAGCCACAUUUUUAAUAAUUUGUAAUUUAGGUUUAUCCUUGUGUGGGUCAAGGUUGUGGAAAUACAACAUCUCUAGGCAAAGGAUACUUCGCAAUUUAUUUUUAAGAUGUAAUUAUUGACCCUGAGAUUAAAGAUGAGCCAUUCAGAUUUUAUAAUAGGGAUUUAUUUUGGACUACCUCUUUAUAGUCUCCAAGAGAUCUAAAUAUGUAUUUUAGAAACAAUUACAUAGAAAGUGAUUAUGGGUGGAUAACUUCAGAUAUUGAAACAAUAAGAUAUAUCAGCUAUAGUUAUUAAGAUUUAUCAUUUACAUCUGGAGUGGAUUACUUUUUACAGCUCAUUUUAAGGUUUGAAAAAUAGAAAGAAAAUAUUUACAGUAGAAAAUAUAAAAAUCUUACUAAUGUUAUUUCUGAAAUGGGAGGUUUUGCAUAAUCUUUGUUAGCGAUUGGUUUUAUUUUGUGCACAACUCUGUCAGACUUAAUGCUUAACAAAUCAAUUAUUAAUGAUGCAUUUGAUUUUAAGAUUACAGAAAUUAAUUAACAGAAUAAAAAAGAGAGAUUUGUAAAUUAAAAUUUUAGAUAAACGGAUAAAAAUUAAUAAAUUUAGCUUAAUAAUAAUAAUAAUGAGAAAAAAAUUAAUAACAAUUCUCCAGCUUUGCCAGCAGUUUUUGAAAAAUAAGAUUAGUGUUAGUUAAAAGCUAACAUAAAAGAUAAUUAACCUUUUUAAAUUUCUGAAUUAUCUGGUAAAAAGAGUAAAAAAGCCAGUUUUAGUAAGAUUGACUUAAAUCCAAACUCUUUUUCAAAUGACAAACUUUAAUUUUAAGACAAUUCUUAAAUUUAACUCAAAAAGUUAACUACAAAGAAUGGAGAUGAAUUAAAAAGAAAUAAUAGCCAAGCAUAUUUGAGUUAAAUUAUAAAAAAAAGAGCUAACACUACUACAGAAGGGUAAGGCUAAAACUAAAAAGAUUAAUUGAGCCAUUAGAAUGCUAAACUUGAAAAUGUAUAAACUAAAAAGAAUGAUGAAAUAACUAACGGUUAGUUCAAAAAGCUUCUUCGCAAGGAAAAAAAUAGUAUGGAAUUGAGUAUAAUGGAAUAUAUCAAGUAUUUCUUUUGGCCAUUUGGAUAAGUAAAAAGAAAAAAAUAAAUAAUAGAUUACAGUAUCUAAAAGCUAUACUAUCAUUUAGAUGUAAUUUACAUAGUCAAGAAAUUGUUAGAAGUAGAUAAACUAAAAUAACUAAUUAUGGAUAAAGAUUAAAUUUAGCUUUUUGAAUAUAUCUCAAAACCUGUUAUUUCUGAUGAAGAUGUUUUUGGUAAAUAAAAUGUAUAAAAUUUACAGUAAUAGUAAGAAAAAUACAGUAUUCUUUAUUAAGAUAAUAGAUCAGAGAUUUAAAAAGUGUAAGAUGCUUAUUAAUCUUAUUAGAGUAUUUUAAAACGUGAUUUAUCAGCUAUGGAUAAGAAAAUACUUAACCAUUUAGACCCUUAACUUGUAAACAUAUUCAAUUACUAAGAAAAAAGAGAUGUUUCUUAAAUAGAUUAAUAAGUCCCCUAAAAUAUGAGAGAAAAUUAAAAUAAUAAUUAAGAAAGUAAAGUUAUCUUAAACGAUAUACAAAAAUAAAAGAGUGAAAUUUAGUUUCAUAGCCAAUUGAGCAGUCCAAUGCUAAUAGAUAGAAAUUUAGAUGAUAACUUCUUUGAAAAUAUAGAUAUUGAAGAAUAGAUACCUAUAGAGGCCCAAAUUUAAAAUAAAAUAAACUAUUUUAAAGCCUAUGAACCUCAAAUCAAUAUUAAGAAAACUAUUUAAUAAUGA